AUGACUGAUGAGCCCCACCUGAUCUACAACAUUGAUGAAAAUGGGGUAACAGUUAAUCACAAACCACCAUUCAUCGUAGCUGGUGCUGAUUACUGUCCUUCAUCUGUCACUUCUGGAAAAGGGCAGACAAUCACAAUAAUUGGAUGCGGUAAUGCAGCAAGUCAAGCUAUACCCCCAUUUUACAUUUUCCCAGGCCAACGAAUGAAACCUGACUUGUUGAAUGGUGCAGCUCCAGGCUCUAAUGGUACAGUAAGCGAGACCGGAUGGUCCAAUGGUUGCGUUUUUCGCUCCUACUUAGAGCAGCAUUUCCUGAAGUUCACCCCCGGAUCUAGUGACCAGAAGAAACUACUGAUACUUGAUGGCCACAAAUCACAUGUGUCAGUUGGUUUGACAGAAUGGGCUCUGGAACAAAACAUCAUCAUAUUUGUCCUUCCCCCUCAUUGCAGCCAUAUCCUCCAACCUUUAGAUAUCGGCUGCUUUGGACCGUUCCAGAAGAUGUACGACAGCCUCUGCCAUCGACUAAUGCGCCAAACAUCAGCUGUCAUUACACGCUACAAUGUGUGUGAUGUCGCAUCAAAGGCAUACAUGAAGUCAAUGUCUGCUGAAAACCUUACUUCAUCAUUUCGCCGUGCAGGCAUAUACCCGUUUAAUGAAGACGCUGUCCCCAGCCAAUGUCUUAUCCCAGCUGAAGUUUUUCAGCACACCGAGACAGAAACUUCAGACAGCCAGAAAACUGUUGAAGGUGGGAUACAAGUUGAUCAGAAGAGAUAA